GUACAUCUCUAUCCAUCAACUUCGAUUUCCCCUAGUAUCAACAACUGUAGCACCGGCAUCGACAUCGACAACGGCUUCGACUUCUGCUUCGGUUAAUACACUAACGAACCUUAGACUCAUCCCUGCUGGGUGCUCCACGCUGAUGAAUGCAGGCCCGUCUGUUUGCCCGCUCAACGGGUGAGCUGAGCCCGGACGGUUUCGCGCGAGCCACGACCUCGGAGCUCGUCCGGUCUUUUGCCGCCGCCGCCCACCACCGAUUCGACGGCGAGGGCGCCGAACCCGAGGCGGAAGGCCGCCAUGUAUCCAUCUGGGCUCACCGCAUUGGCGUCAAUGCCCUGGCUCUCGACAAAUUCGAUGGCCGCCUCCUUCUUUCCGGCGGUGCAGACGGCUCUCUGAAGCUUUGGGAUCUUCAUCAAGAGGGAAACGCGCGUGCGUCUCACAUAUUUCGUCCCGUCGCAAAUGUCGCCCGCUCCGUGGGGGAAGGGGCUAACGCCCACAAACACGGCAUCACCCACCUCGGAUUUUACCCCUUUGACGCAGAGGCGUUUCUCUCCAGCUCAUUCGAUCGUUCACUCAAGUUGUGGUCCACUCAGCGCAUGACUGUCUCGGCCAACUUUGACCUGAACGCCAACAUAUACACUCAUGCAACCAGCCCCGUCGCCAACCACCUCCUGGUUGCAUGCGCAACCCAACAUUCAUCAGUUCGCCUGAUCGAUCUCAGAUCCGGAUCUUCUGUUCGAUCUCUUGUGGCACACGGAGGUGCUGUUCUCUCGGCAGUAUGGAGCCCCCGCCACGAGCACGCCCUCGCCACAGGCCAUGUCGAUGGAAAAGUUCGCGUGUGGGACAUCCGGCGCGCCUCUGGCUUGGUCGGUCAGCUCGAUCAAGAAGACAGUCUCGGAGUCGUACACCGCUUUGACCAUGCCGUGGCAUCUGGACUUGAUUGGAACCAUGUUCCUCAUUUCCGCACCUCGGCUCGUGCACACAACGAAGGCGUGAACGGCUUGGUAUGGACCGACGACGGCAAGUACAUCGUGUCAGCCGGCCUCGACCGUCGAAUCCGCGUGUGGGAUGCCGCUACAGGCGCAAAUACUCUUGCUAGUUUCGGCUCCAUCGUACAAAACCGACAACCCAAGACGGUCGACAUGUUCGUCACGCCCGCCCGGCUGACUCCGAUACGUCGCGACCUCCUAUUUUACCCAAACGAGCAGGAGAUAUUGGUCAUGGAUCUUCACGAAGGCACCUUGGUAUCUCGCUUACGUGUGCCGGGACUGUCCCGAGCGGCUGCAAGUCAGGGCAGUAGCAGCGGUCUAAACGUUAAAAACCGGACCAUGAGUAUGGUAUGGCGUGGCAGCGGUGGCUAUGGGCUUCACAAUGGCCCCGUGAUGGGUGGUGGAAGUUCCUUCGGCGCAGUCUACACCGCUCACUUGGACGGCCAGAUACGGCCCUGGAUGCCACUGUUGCCCGGAUCUGAUGAAGACGAUGCAGCCCCUGAUCCCCAAGAUGCAGACGAGGAAGAGAAAACACGCAAGCGCAAAGCCCUCGAUGAUGCCUUCAGGAGUUUAAUGGGCAGACAGGUUACAUUCAACUGAUUCGUUUUUGCCCGUCUCUGGCCUGCCUCAUCUCGAUGCCUAGCUCCUCUCAUCAGUGCCUAGUGCGAAGUGGUCGAGGCAAACUGAGUCAAUCUGUGAGCCGAACACUUCGCCGACACUGUCUCGACUUCUUGCCGAGGCUGCCCAGAGCACACCCUCUCAACCCUCAAUCAGGCAUCAUGAUCCGCAGCUUCCCGAUGUGGAGAGGCUGAAACUCGCCGUCGUCCCUCAUGACGAACUACAUGAUGUCCCUUGUAGAUUUGACUCGGACUUCGAAAGGAGUGUCGGGGUGAUGCCGACCAUCUAUUCGCUCGAUGGCAUCGUCAAUCCUCUAUCUGAAUGGCGCCUCUGCAUAGACCCUUAUUUCAUCAACCGUAGGGUUGCAUCCUUCUAGCUAUGCUGGUGGCUAUCUGCUCGACCACUUGGCGACCAUCCAGGACGCCACACUCGUUGUAUAAAACACUAGCAAGAUGAUGGAGAGAAAUGCGCCUCUUCAACACCUCCUCCCAGAGGUGCCGAAAUCAAAAUCCCACUGGUGCUUCAUGCUUGUCUCGAUUACUAUCACCCCAUCUUUCAGUCGUUACUAGCGGACCACUCAUAUCAUUACCGCUCGGAUGUCCAUGCAUGAACAGCCAUCCACUCGCCUCCGGUCCGUUGAUUAAUCUAUUGUCUACGACGUCUUUCUUGUAAUGUCGUUACAUCGCUCACAUCUGCCGCAGAUUCCGGAUUCAACAAGCUUCACCUUCGUCGCCACCACCCCCCCUCCUCUAUCAUUCGCUCGGCACUAGAGCUGGCGGCCAAACCAUCCCGAACACCCGCGGACGCGCCGGAAGUUUCCCCGGCGCCUUUUUCGACCUCCUCUUACAUUAGCUCCCGCGCGCCGUCCCAGCAUCGUGGUUCUUAUUGACCCACACUCCCAAUGAAGUCAUGGUACAAUUUCUUCAAGCUAACCGAUUAAUUGUACCAAUAUGCGUAAAUCAGCGGCAUUUAAAAACUUGCAGCGGGCGAUGGCGAGGGGGUGCCAAUCGCCAGCCACCCAGUACUGAUCAGGCGAUCCUACAACACCAUCGUCGUUGGAUCGGAACAGGGAUCCGGACCAGGAUACUUGGAGAUCUUGUUCAGAACAAGAAGUCGGUGGUAAUAACAACCGAGCGUCACCCGCGACAUCAAGACCGGCAUCCAGCCCUCUCCUGUCGGAAUUCAUGGGCACUAAGCAUUUGAGCCCUUGUCAGUUGCAGGACUAUGGGAUGAAAAUGCAGGCUAGCUAUCACUAACUUUUCACUAAGCUCUCACUUGGUUCCAGCUGGGUUCCUACUUGGUUCUCACUUGGUUCUCACUUGGUUCCCACUUGGUUCCCACUUGGUUCCCACUUGGUUUUCGCUCGCUCAGCCAACAUGUCGACGGCUCCUUCUACUGCAGACAUGAUGGUUGCCCAGCCCGCAUGGCGCCGUGACGUCCGAAUCUCGCCGACUGCGCACUACUUCUGCAGGUCGAACACCGAAACACGCUGUUUUUCACUCAAGGCCUACAUUCCGUGCUCCCGGGGCCUCGCCAUCCUGCAAGCUGAACCAUCCCCCCCUCUCUGGAUGUGUGCUACAUCAGACACCGGAUGCUCUCCGCCCUGCCAGACGAACCCUUUCCCCCUGAUCGGUCUGUGACUUUCUUCUUGGCACGGAGCGGACGAUGCAGGGGCUCUCAUGACAGGGCGUGGUCGUGUUUUUACCCCACCCACCGAGCAAGAGUCAGUGAUCUACGAACGGCGUCGAACAUCGUCUUUCGGCCCCUCCCACUUUCCAUCACACCGGUGUCCGUCC